UUUGCAGUGAAAGUCCUCAACCUUCAACAGCAAGGAGCUCUGAGGAGCUUCAUGGCCGAAUGUGAAGCUUUGAGAAACAUUAGCCAUCGGAAUCUUAUUAAAAUCUUAACCUGUUGCUCAAGCAUUGAUUAUAAAGGCAACGAGUUCAAGGCUUUAGUUUUUGAGUACAUGAACAAUGGAAGUCUAGACAGGUGGUUACCCAAAGAUGGGUAUGACCAGCAAAGGGGGAAUUUAACCUUUAUUCAAAGGUUAAAUAUAGCGCAUGAUGUGACUUCUGCACUGGAUUAUCUACACCACCAUUGCCAAACACCAAUUGUGCAUCACAAUUUAAAACCGAGCAACAUUCUUCUUGAUGAUGACAUGAUUGCCCAUGUGGGUGACUUCGGGUUAUCAAGGUUCUUAUCGGAGUUUUCUCAAACCAUAUUGCUUGGGGUGAAGGGAUCUAUUGGGUACAUCGCUCCAGAGUAUGGGAUGGGCGGUAAAGCUUCCACACAAGGAGAUGUUUAUAGCUAUGGAAUCCUUCUCUUAGAGAUGAUAAUUGGAAAGGGGCCAACUGAUGACAUGUUUAAAGACAAUCUAUACCUUCAUCAUUUUGCCAAGUUGGCGUUGCCUGGACGAGUAAUGGAGAUUGUAGAUCCAUAUCUCUUUGAAGAAGCGGAAGUUACUCAAGGCAGUGGAAAUCAUAUCAAUGCAAGGAAUAAAAUGCAUGAUUGCUUGAUUUCAAUGGUCAGAAUUGGUGUGUUGUGUUCUUUGGAAUCUCCGAGAGAAUGAAUGGAGAUGAAAAAUGUUGUCA